CUCUUCUGCGGUGCAGAGAAGCGUCGGCCUGGCGGGGGGCGAUGGAGCUGGCGUGGCUGGCCGAGGGGCUGCUGGCGCUUGCCGUGGCGGGGCUGGGGCUGAUCACUGUCUUUGCACACAUAACUGCAGCAAAGUUGCCAAACCUUAAUAGACAUGAAACAGAAAAAUUCUUUUUGAAUGCUGAAGAAAAGAAGGAAUCAGUGCCCAGCCUCCAUGACCCCCCUACACGUGAACUUUCUGUAGUUGUGCCUUCAUAUAAUGAAGAAGAACGGUUACCAUCAAUGAUGAAUGAAGCUUUAGACUAUCUAGAGAAAAGACAGAGUCGAGAUCCUGCAUUCACAUAUGAGGUCAUAGUGGUCGAUGAUGGCAGCAGAGAUAAAACCACAAAGGUUGCACUGAAGUAUGCAAAAAAAUAUGGUAGUGACAAAGUGAGAAUCCUCACUUUGGUGAAGAAUCGUGGAAAGGGGGGAGCUGUCAGGAUGGGUGUAUUCUGUUCACGAGGGAAAAAAAUACUAAUGGCAGAUGCUGAUGGAGCCACAAAAUUUCAAGAUAUUGAAAAAGUAGAAAAAGGACUUGAGAGUCUCCAACCUUGGCCUGAUCAGAUGGCCAUUGCCUGUGGCUCUCGAGCUCACUUGGAGGAGGAUUCAGUAGCACAACGGUCAUACUUCCGAACCCUUCUCAUGUAUGGAUUCCACUUUCUAGUAUGGUUCCUUUGUGUUAAGGAAAUCAAAGACACACAAUGUGGUUUUAAACUAUUAACACGAGAGGCUGCUUCUCAGACUUUUUCAGUUCUUCACAUAGAGCGUUGGGCAUUUGAUGUGGAACUUCUUUAUAUCGCUCAAUGCUUUAAAAUACCAAUAGCAGAGGUUGCUGUCAACUGGACAGAAAUUGAAGGUUCUAAGUUGGUUCCUUUCUGGAGUUGGUUGCAGAUGGGCAAGGACCUGCUUUUUAUACGACUGCGAUAUUUAACUGGUGCCUGGCAGCUUGGAACAAGAAAAAUGAAUUAAGUUGUUUAUAUUUACCAAAUGGAUUGUUUUGAUACAAAAAUUAUGGUGAUUCUUUUUCAACAGUAUGAAAUAAGGAAAUAUCUGAGAUUACUGUUGUUGUGUACUGCAUUUUUUGGUGAAUCUACUUUAAAAAUGGCCAAGAAUAUGGAUGUCCUAUAUUAUAAGACUUUUCAAGUUUUAGAUUGUUUCCUUUUUUUAAAAAAAAAGUUUUCUCAGUCUUUACUUUUGAAGCAGCAUUUUAAAAUAAUUUUCCAUUUGCCCAAAGUACUCCUGGGAAGCAAGAAAGUAUAUAGCAGUAAUUAAUACAUGAACCAUUACAGACUACUGUUUGCUAUGAAUUGCAAUUAGCCAAAGCAUUAUUGUUUGUAUAUCAUGCACAAGAGAGCAUCUUUUUGAAUGCACAUACUGUCCCCUUGGUUGAAAUGAAUGGAGAAUCCUUUGUGCGUAAGAUGGCUCCAGCACUUGAAAGAAAUAACUGGAUUUGAACAUUUGUCUGUUUACUUAAACUGGUCACUGACAUCUUAGGAAUUGCAGCAUCAGUUUUCUAAGAGUAUCAUGAAUGAUGCAGACAAAGUUGGAUUUUUUUAGGUUCUAUUGAGUGGAACUCUCCCUCUAAAAUCAACAGGGUGUAAAAUUCUAAACGAAAGCUACAUCUGUAAGACAGAAGGUAUUCUUAAUAAACUCAAGAACUGGAGUUCAAAAGACAAGGAAAUAUUUGUGUAACAGAGUGCAACGGCAUCAAUUUUCUACACAAGUUGUGAUUGUGAGUUAAUCUCUGGACAUAAUGUACUUUACUUGACAACAAUUGCAAUUCCACCAAAUCUUCAAGAUAUUUUCAUAUUAUCCCCAUAUUGUGGAACAUUAAAUUUAAAAUGGUGUUGUCAAACUG